CAGUACUUUUACUUUCACCACAGACUUUUUCUUUCCGUAAUUUAUCGUUAACUUUGUUAAUCAGUAACUCUUUGGACUUAGUCGUGGUGACCGGCCAGUUAAAGUGUCUGCACAGAACCUCACUUUAUGUGUCAACUCCACAGUGGUAGAACAUGAGUGCCUUUGUAACUCUCACAACAGGCCAGAAGAUGCCAAUGGUUGGCCUUGGAACAUGGAAAAGUGUGCCGGGACAGGUGAAACAAGCCGUGCUGACAGCUUUGGAUUGUGGCUAUCGGCACAUAGACUGCGCGGCAGCGUAUGGGAAUGAACAGGAGGUGGGAGAGGCUCUGGCUCUCAGGGUCGGUCCAGGCAAGGCUUUGCGUCGUGACCAAGUGUUUGUGACAUCGAAACUGUGGAACACCAAACAUGACCCUUCUGAAGUUGAGGAAGCCUGCACGACCACCCUGGCCCACCUGGGUCUUUCCUACGUGGACCUUUAUCUAAUGCACUGGCCAAUGGCCUUUCAGCCUGGAAAGGAGCUGCUGCCUCGGCGUCAAGAUGGAAGUGUGUUUUACUCUGACACACACUACACAGACACUUGGGCCGCCAUGGAGGACCUCGUGGACCAAGGCCUGGUCAAAGCCAUCGGGCUGUCCAACUUCAAUGCGAGGCAGAUGGAUGACAUCGUCAGAAUGGCCAGACACAAGCCUGUGGUAAACCAGGUGGAAUGUCAUCCAUAUUUGUCCCAAGCAGAUCUCCUGGCUCACUGUAGGUCAGUGGCUGUUUGCCUGACGGCUUACAGCCCUCUGGGUAGCAGGGAUCGACCCUGGGCCUCCGCUGAAGAACCUUGCCUGCUGCAGGAUCCCAGAGUGGGAGAAAUAUCUCGGCAAUACCACAAGACACCUGCCCAGAUCAUACUCAGGUGGCACAUUCAGAGGGAUAUUGUGUGUAUCCCCAAAAGUGUGACACCCUCCAGGAUCCAUCAGAACCUGCAGCUUUUUGACUUUGCCCUGUCAGAGGAGCACAUGAAGUUGAUGGACGCUUUAAAUCGCAGCCAACGCUUCAUCGCCCCAACAGUCAAGAGGGAUGGCAAGACACUUUGGCGAGAUGCUGAACACCCUCAUUUCCCAUUCAAUGAUCCUUAUUGAGUCAAAACAAAAUCAAAUUCGGUUUUAAAUCACACAAUAGCUCUAAACUAUUCAAAACUUAGUCAGAUUAAUUUGAUAAUCGAUAUGUUUUGAUUCACUUUGACACGAGUUCACACUCAACCUGCCUGAAAAUGUUUUUGCUGGCCAAAUGGCAAUUGGGAGUGCAGGAAUACAAUUUGGCAAUUGUCUCGGAUUGAACCUCGCUGCAGUGACACUGCGUGGUCAGCAGCAAGAUUGCGUACCGCUGACAAAUUCUGAUUUGAAUCACACAGACACAUGGGGGGUCAUGAGAUUUUUCAUUAAAAUAAUUUCAAGCCAAUACAUUUAUAACACUUGUGAGAUUUUAUUUUCAACAACAUAACCUUGACAAAUUUAACAACAUUAUAUGCUACUGUUUUAUUUUAAAAAACAAAAAGUAAAUUUAGCAAUUUUUUUUUUUUUUUUCCAUUUCUCAAGGUCUAGCAUAGAAUCCCACCACUAACUGUAUCUUAGUAUACUGAAAACGAGGCCACUCAACGUCCCAUCCCCACUGGAAAUGCUCCAGGACUCACCUUCCAUUUGCAGACAUCACCCUUCUCCCCACCCACAAUAAAGCCAGGGCAAGCCAAGUGGCAACAUGCUGUCUCCAAGGGAAUUCAUACAAAAAAAAA